AUAAGAAAAGUAUAGUUGUCUUUGUUGUCUUUAGUGAUCUCGAUUCUGUAGUAGGAAACUAAGGGGAAUAAUAUUUAUAUACAAGGCGUUGAUUAUCUAUGACUGCCUAAAUAUAACAACUCGACAACACCUUAAAAAUAUAAUACACACGUAGUCAAAACUGAUAAUACGAUGGGCAGCGUCGAGAAUAUUCCAGAAAUGGCACCCGAUGCUAUCCCUACUGUGGACAUCAGUCCCUUCACAGACCCAAAUGCAUCUGAGGAGGCUAAGAGCGGUGUUGUCGAUGCUAUACGCCACGCUUGCACCACGUACGGUUUCUUUUACCUCGUCGGUCAUGGUGUGAGCGAAGAAAAACGCAACGGAAUCCUCAAGUGUGCUAGGAGAUUCUUCGAACUCUCUCAGGAGGAGCGUAUGGAUGUUUGGGUCGGCAAGUCGAUGGGCAAAUCAUUCCGCGGCUAUGAGCCCCCUGGAAUUCAAACCCACCAAAAAGGUCUCCUACCCGACACCAAAGAGUGCUUCAUGAUCGGCCACGAGGUCCCUGCUGACCACCCAGAUGCUGGCACUUUCUCAACCGGCCCCAACUUGUGGCCCAAGAACCUCAAAGACGAAGAAUUUCGAACUCCUGCCAUGGAGUACCAAGCCACUAUGCUUGCGCUCUCCAAAGUGCUCCUCAAGCUCCUUUCCCGCGGUCUUCCAAAGGCCUGGGGACAUCCUCCUGACGUAAUGGAUGAGCUUGCCGUCAACCCAUCCAUGCCCAUGAGACUGCUGCAUUACGCUCCCCAAGAAGUCCUCGACGAGCGGCAGUUUGGCGUGGGUGACCACACCGACUUCGGCUGCGUCACCAUUCUGCUCCAGGAGAUGGGCACGAAGGGCUUGGAGGUAUGGUACCCGCCGACAGAGACGUGGAUCACGGUGCCGCCCAAGGAGAAUUCGUACGUGAUCAACAUGGGCGACAUGAUGCAGAAGUGGACCGCGGGCUACUACCGCAGCGCACGCCACCGUGUCAUCACCUCCGGCACCAACCACAGGUACUCUGUGCCCUGGUUUCUUAACGGCCAGCUCAAGCUCAAGUGCAAGGCCCUCGACGGGUCUGGCGUCGAGACUAUUGUUGGUGAGCAUAUACGCCAACGCCUCAUCGCUACCAUGGGCGCGACCGGCAAAGCCCUAGAGUAGACUUGCAGCAGCCAAGACAUGUGCGGAGAUGCAAAAGAGACGCAAGUGUCGGUGUAUUCAACUAGUGUAAUCUGUUAACUAAAUAGAAAUGAUGGUCCGAGUUCGGAUUGGUUUGACAUUUCUUUUUUGACAACUGGGCCAAU